AUGUCGGCCAUGAGAGCUCUUCCUCCUCUGCAGCUCGACGGCAUUGAGGCCGAGAGAGAAGUCGACAAGGGAACCGAUGAUGCCAACGAUACACCCUUCAAAGCAAUUACAGAUUUCUUCUCCCAGGAACAAUCUGAUUCCAAGAAGAAGAAAUAUCAGCGUGCAAAAUAUCGCUUUCUUACCCCCUCCGAGUGGACCAUCUUCGCUCAUGGCAUCGGCGGCGUCAAAGAUACCGAAGGCCAUGUGGCGCUUCAUCCGACCUGUUGGUACUAUCCACCUAAGGGCAUCCCAAAUGGUUUGUACCGAGAUGUCAUCUGGCACCGCACAAAGUACUUCUACUUCUACCACGGUAUGAGUACCAUUCGCUGGGUUGGAUACAUCCUCCAAAUCAUUUUUGGCGCUGUCCUCACGGCCAUUGGCUCUAUGUCAUAUAAAGAUGGUACUCCGAUCACGAUACUCGCCGCUGCCAAUACCAUCAAUGCUGGAAUUCUCGCCCUUCUCCACAAUAGCGGUUUACCUGAUCGCUACCGCUCCGAUCAAGCGGAGUUUGGUGAGGUUGAAGACCACCUCAAAAAAGUCCUUGAUACCGGUAUUGUCCCCGAAGAUAUGACCAUCGACCAGGUACUCAUUCAAUGUUUCGAUUUGUACUGGGAGGCCAAGUCUACCAUCCAAGCAAACAUACCAGCUGUUUAUACUCCAAGUUCGGUUCUUCAGAGUGGCCAACGAGCUCCCGAGCCAUCGAAGCCAGAUAUGCCGGGACAGGCAACAUCAAACAAUGGCCGCAAUUCAGUCAUUGCUUCCAGACUUGGUACAACCGAAACUAAGCCAGGUGUUGCACUUGAAACCAAAGGUGAAGAAAUGUAG